AUGUCUACCACACCAUCAUCCCACAGCUCCGCCACCGCGCGCGAUGCCACAAACUACUCCUACGAUCUCAGCAACGCGAUAUACGGCGCCUUCCCCAGCUGCGCAACCGAUAUCUCGCCGCGCAGAUCACGCGCCGCAUCUCCAAGUUCCGCGUCAAACUCAAACUCUUCAAAGAAGCGCAGCAGCACAGCCCGCAUGACUACAAACAGCACUACCACUACCACUACCACAAACCGCACACUCUGCCGCCAAGCCAUAAGUCUGCACCGCGAAAACGCGCCCCCAACCUGGCUGCCCGCACCCAACCCCACCAACACCAAUAAACGCAGUGCACUCGCGAGACGCCAACAAGGCCAGCAAGGCAUGAAUAUCCACGCUAGCACGUGCCUCAACCUCAAUGCCAGCGCCGAAGAAGACUGUUCCGAAGCGGAUUUGUGGAUUUUGCCUGAGCUUGAUGAUUGGGAAGAAGAUGAGACUGAGACUGAGUCUACGAUUCUAACGCCUUCGAGUUCUGCGGAGUUUGACGCACCAGUGACUGGAGGACCGGAGAACAAGUGGGCUGGAGUACUACGCCGCGCCGCCAACUCGAACCUUGAGCGACUGCGCAACCGCCUGGAAGGUGAUGGAUGGGACUUUGUUAAGGCCGCCAACCAGGACGCCGAGGAUUUGGAUGAGGAAUUCGACGUCGUUAUUUGUGGCAAAGAGUAG